CACUGUUCAUUCCUGCAUUCUGCGUACAACAACAGAUUACGAUCCGCUUUUUCAAUUUCUAGAGUCAAUCGAACUGUGUGAAUAUAUUUUUUACAAGAAAACAAAAUUGUCUAUUUAAACGAAACAUCAUUCCAGUUAUCAUCCUGCGUUCGAUGUCUACGGUUUCUUUUUUGAGCUGAUAUCGUUAUCAAGCAACAACCAAUUGUCUCUAAAUAGACGUCUCUCGUCAGUCGAAAUGGCGAAAUACACCGCGAAGAAGUGGAUCUACGCUCGUGCCUUCGAUGGCGAACCCAAGCUGGAGGACUUUCGGCUCGAGGAGGAAGUAAUGCCCGCGAUCAAGGAUGGAGAAUUCCUCGCCAAAGCGGAAUACCUGAGCGUGGACCCGUACAUGCGCAUCUACAUCCUGUCCUAUCCGGUGGGUUCGGUCAUGAUCGGCGGCCAGAUCGCGCAGGUGAUCGAGAGCAAACAUGCGGACUUCCCCGUGGGGGCGUACGUGUUUGGCCAGUUUGGAUGGCGAACCUACGCCAUAUGUAAUCCGACCGGGAUCGAGACCAGGAAGCCAUACGUGCUGCCAGAUUUUGGAACCUUGCCGCGAUCGCUGGGCAUCGGAACGCUUGGCACCGUGGGCAAUACGGCGUAUUUCGGAUUUUUGGAAAUUUGUCGUCCCAAGGAGGGCGAAACGGUGGUGGUCAGCGGGGCGGCCGGAGCCGUUGGAAGCAUCGUGGGCCAGAUUGCGAAGAUCAAGGGUUGCCGUGUGGUGGGAAUCGCCGGAUCGGACGAAAAGUGCCAAUGGUUGAGGGAGAUCGGGUUCGACGCUGCGAUCAAUUACAAAACGGCAGAUGUCGGGAAGGAACUGAAGGAAGCGGCUCCCGAGGGUGUGGACUGCUACUUCGACAAUGUUGGAGGCCAGAUUGCGGCAACUGUGCGGAAGCAGAUGAACCUCCGUGGCCGGAUCGCCGUUUGUGGAACGAUCUCCAUGUACAAUGGGAAUCCAAUGCAGGUGGAGGACCCGCAAAGAGACUUCGUUUGGAAACAGCUGGUGCAGGAAGGUUUCAGCGUUCAUCGCUGGACGGACAAGUGGUUCGAAGGAAUCGAGCAAAACUUGAAGUGGAUCCAAGAGGGAAAGCUCAAGUACAGGGAAACGGUUACCGAUGGUUUCGAGAGCAUGCCUCAAGCCUUUAUAGAUAUGAUGAGGGGACAAAACGUUGGUAAGGCUAUUGUGAAAGUGUAAUACAAAGUCUUUGAAUUAAACAAUUCUUGUUAUUUAGUCCGGCUCCAGAGAUAA